AUGGGGCUGGCUAUGGUGUUGCAAUGGCUGGCCAUGGUGGCACCGGCACGCGUGGCGCUAGGGGUGCCGGCAGGGGUCCUGCUCCAGGCCACAGGACCGGUGGCCGGGACGCUGGCGGCCCGAGCCCAGGGAGCCGCUGAGGAUGCCGGGCCCUGCUCCGCUGAGGUGCCGUUCACCCUUGAGCCCCAGAACGACUUCAGCCAGCUCCUGCAUGUCCAGGUGUCCCCAGAGCAGGCGGUGCGCUGCGGGCUGGUGGCCGAGGGCGGGGGCCGGGCGCUGCUGCUGGAGGCCCAGAGUCCCCAGUUGCCCUCCGGUGGGAGCCAGCACCUGCAGGUGGCUUGGGGAGGUCCCAGGGGCCACCUCUUCGUGCAGACCGACAAGCCUGUCUACGCCCCCCGGCAGACCGUGCGUUUCCGCGUUUUCUCCCUGGACCGAGAGCUGCGGCCCAGCCCCGACCCCAUCAUCACCACCAUCCUGGAUGGGCAAGGGGUCAGGGUCCAGGCCAUGGGUCUGGCCAUGGGUCAACCACGGGUCGCAGCAGGCUGGGCGGGGGGAGCCAUGGGUCAGCCAUUGGUCUGGCUGUGGGUCAGCCAUGGGUCGUGGCAGGAUGGGCAGGGGGUGCCGGUGCGGCAGACCCAGCGCGUGCCGGUGAACGCGGUGCUCAGCGACCACCUCACCCUGCCUGACGUCGCCCGACCAGGCACAUGGCAGGUCCAGGCCCAGCUCGUGGAUUCCCCCGACACCCAGGGGGGCACCUCCUUCACCGUGCGCAAGUAUGUGCUGCCCACUUUUGACGUGAAGAUCGUCCCCGACCGAAGCUUCAUCCUGGUGACGGACCCUGACCCCCCUGACCUCCGCGUUGAGCUUCAUGUCGAGUACAUGCACGGGGCACCAGUGGGGGCCGGGGUGGCCCGGCUGCGCGUGGGGCUGGGGGCCGCUGGCACCCCGGGGCGCUUCCUGCCGGACCUGGAGCAGCAGGGUCAGGUGACGUCAGGACGCGCGGUGCUGACGGUGGCGCCGCGGGCGGUGGCGCGCGCGCUGGGCCGGCCGCUGUCGGAGCUGGACGGGACGCGCCUGCGCCUGGCGGCCGCCGUGCUGGAAGCGCGCGGGGGGGAGCUGGCGCAGCAGGAGUCGGUGGCCGUGAAGCUCGUAGCGUCGCCGUGGAGCCUGGACCUGACCGAGACCCCCCGCGUCUUCGUGCCGGGCUCCCCCUUCCUGCUGCUGGUGCAGGUGAAGCGGGUGGAUGGCACCCCAGCCCCUGGCGUGCCUGUGCGGGUGCAGGUGCGGGUGCACGGGGUUGAGGAGCUCCCCGAGCCGUCCCCGGGCGACGGGGCAGGGGCUCCUCUCACCGACGCCACCGGCACCUUCGUCUUCCCCGUGAACGUCCCCAUCGGUGCCACCACCCUCAACAUCACGGUGGUGUCGCGCGGGCGCCUGCUGCAGGUGCAGCGGGUACCGCCGGGCGCCGUGGCCGAGGUGCUGCUGCCCGUGACGCCGGCGCUGGCUCCCGCCUUCCGCGUCGUCGCCUUCUACCGCGCCGGCGGGAGCCUCGUGGCCGCGGGGCUGCGGGUCCGCGUGGCCCAGCCCUGCCGUGCCCAGGUGGAGGUGCGGCGGGUGCAGCGGGGGGCGACGCUGCAGCCCCAGACCCCCCUGGGGCUGAUGGUGACGGUGACAGAUCCGGGGCCGGUGACGGUGGCUCUGGGAGCCAUCGACACCGCCGUGCUGGCCCUCGAGGACCGCCACCGCCUGAGCCAGGAUAAGGUGGCAGCGGCGUUGGGGGCCCUGGACCAGGGCUGUGGCCCCGGGGCGGCCCCCGAUGCCUGGGGGGUGUUCGGGGCCGCCGGGCUGGUGCUGGCCGUGGGGGGCGUCCAGAGCCCCCCGGGACCAUCGCCCGCGUGUCCCUCUAACCCGGUGCGGCGGCGGCGCUCGCUGGAGCUGCAGAAGCUCCUGGAGGAGGAGGAGGGGCCCGGCGCGGGGCCGCGCGGUCGCUGCUGCCGCGACGGGGCGGCGGCGCUGCCGCUGCGGCGCUCGUGCGCGGCGCGGGGCCGCCGGGUGCCGCGGGCCGGCGGCUGCCGCGCCGCCUUCGAGCGCUGCUGCGCCCGCGCCCGCCAGUGGCGGCGCCGUCACCGCCCGCGCGGCGCCGCCGGGUUGGGCCGUGUGCUGGAGGACGUGCUGGAUGAGGAGCUGCUGCUGGAAGAAGAUCUGCCCACACGGAGCUUCUUCCCCGAGAGCUGGCUGUGGCGCAGCCUCACCGUCAACAGCUCGGCACGGAUCUCAGUGCUGCUCCCUGACUCCAUCACCACCUGGGAGAUCCAUGCCGUCGCCAUCAUUCCCGGUCACGGCGUGUGCAUGGCAGCCCCACUGCGCCUGCCAGUGACACAGGACCUGCACGUGGGGCUGCGGCUGCCCUACAGUGCCCGUCCUCGCGAGCAGCUCCAGCCCCGGGCCCUGCUACACAGCCGCCUGCCCCAUGACAUCAACGUGAAGGUGAGGCUGUCGGUAGCGACCGGCGUGUGCGCGGCGCUGUCUGGAGACCCGCAGGACCUCGAGGUGCCCUCUGGAGCAGUGGUGGCCGUGCCCUUCACCCUGGUGGCCCUGGGCUCUGGCGAUAUCCCCAUCACCAUCACUGCCCGUGGGCCUUGGGGGCUCGGUGACCGCAUCACUCGUGUCCUCCACAUUGAGGCCGAGGGUGAGCUGCGCCAGGAGGAGACCAGCUAUGUCCUGGACACCGAUGGUAGGUCUAGCCGGAGCCUGGAGAUCCCUGGGGACAUCCCGGCCGACAUCGUCCCUGAUGGGGACUUCUCCAUGAGCGUCCGCGUGUCCGGCCAGGUGUCGGGGGCGACGCUGGAGGCGGCGCUGGGCGCGGGGGCGGCCGGGGCGCUGCUGCGGGUGCCGCGGGGCUGCGGCGAGCAGACCAUGAUGGUGCUGGCGCCGGCCGCCGCCGCCCUGCGCUACCUGGACGAGAGCGAGGGCUGGGCCCGGCUGCCGCCGGGGUGCCGCGAGCGGGGCCUGCGCGCGCUGCAGAAGGGCUAUGAGCGCAUCCAGAGCUUCCGCAAGGACGACGGCUCCUAUGGGGGCUGGCUGCACCGGCCCAGCAGCACCUGGCUGUCGGCACUGGUGCUGCGGGUGCUGGCGGGGCUGCGGCGCUGGCAGCAGGUGGACGAGGCCGGGCUGCGGGCCACCACUCGGUGGCUGCUGCGGCAGCAGGCGCCUCCCGGCGCCUUCCGCGACCCCCAGCCCAUCGUCCACCGCCGCAUGCAGGGCGGCGCGGCGGGCGCAGAGGCGGCCGUGUCGCUCACGGCUUUCGUGGCCGUGGCCCUGCACCAGGCCCGCGACGUGCACGGCCCCGAACACGCCGAGCAGAGGAAGCUCCUGGACGCAGCACUGGCGCGGGCCACAGGCUUCCUGCGGGGCCGCAUGGAGGCAGCGGGGCCCUACGCGGCUGCCAUCGGCUCCUACGCCCUGGCCCUGAGCGACACCCCGGGAUCCACCAAGCCCCUGCUGCACCUCGCGCGGAGCGCCCACAAUGGCUCGGCACAGUUCUGGCCAGCUGGAGGAGCGGCCGAGACGGUGGAGGCCACGGGCUAUGGGCUGCUGGCGCUGCUGCGGCUCAAUGACGUGGCUGGGGCCCUGCAAGCAGCCCGGUGGCUUCGCGAGCAGAGCAACUAUGGUGGUGGCUUCCACUCCACCCAGGACACAGUGGUGGCACUGGAGGCGCUGACCGAGCUGUGGCUGAACUCACUGCACACGGAGCAGCUCGGCUUCGACGUCACCUUCUCAUGGCCACGGGGUCCCGGGGGACAUGGGGUAGCCGGGGGAACUCGGGUGACCCUGCGGAAGGGGCUAGAGCACGUCGAGAAGAAUCUGGAGGUGCCCCUGGGCAGCCCCGUGACGGUGCAGAUGGAGGGUGAAGGCCAGGGGACCCUUACUGUGCUGCGGCAAUACCGGGUGAUGUCUCCAGCCAAUGGGACCUGCCAGGAGCUGGGCCUCGAAGUCACCCUCGGUGGCCCAAUCGACUAUGAGGAGGAGGAGGACUAUGAGGAGGACUACGAGGAGGCAGAGCACGCUGAAGGGGUGGGGCCAGAGGAGGGGGUGGAGCCUCCAGAGGGGGCGGAGCUUCAGCAGCGGCGGCGGCGGCGGGCCCUGGUGACCCCGGAGCUGCGGAGCCGCCAGGGAGGAGAGCAGGUGGGACAUCCUGCUCGGCCCUGCCCCCAGGGUGGGCGGGACUUCCGGCUCCGCCCAGCUGAUGGGCCGGGCCGGGCUGGGCCGGGCAGGCGGCAGCCGGGGACGCUGCUUGCGGGCAUGGCGGUGGUGGACAUCUCCCUUCUGAGCGGCUUCCGACCCCACCGCGAAGACCUGGACAAGCUGCAGGACGUGGUGGACCAGUACAUCAGCCACUACGAGCUGGAUGGGAGGCACCUGGUGCUCUACUUCGAUGAGGUGCCCCCACAGCGGGAUUGCUUAACCUUUGGGGCGACGCAGGACGUGGCCGUGGGGCUGCUGCAGCCGGCAGCCGCCACCAUCUUUGACUACUACGAGCCAGAGCGCCGCUGCACCGUCUUCUACAGCGCCCCCCAAAGGAGCAACUUCCUCGCAACGCUCUGCUCCCCCGGCGUCUGCGAGUGCGCCGAAG